UCUCUCUUCAAUUCUAUAUCCCCGAUUCAUAACCUCACAUUGCCGUUUUUGUGUUAUUAGAGGCAUUUAUGUGUGGCGUUUUUUCCAAUUCGCCCUAAUUACUGAGUGGAACACCCAAGCGCAUCAUGGACGACAUAGCGGGCCUGCUGCAUGAGUACCUGCUGGUGGCUAAAAGCGUGGAGGAAAGUGAGAAGGAAUUGGCUCGGGAGGAGCUGAAAACAACGUUCGAAAGCCUGCAAAACCUGAUGCUGGACGAGGACAUCUGGAAACUGUUCCUGGACGAGCAGUACGACAUCGCGGACAUCAAGAGCCGCCUAAAUGUUAAGGACGAUCAAGAAAGAUGCCAGAUUUUCAAGUUUGGGAUGUCCUGUUUAAUUACGUUUACACAAGCGAACUUCACCGGGCCCCAUCCUUGCGAGAAGGUGGUGAACUUUCUCAAGCAAGACAUGUUCAAGAAACAGGACUUUCACAAGAUGCUCAGCUACAACAACGAGGAGAUCAACUGCAAAACCGAAUUUCCCCAGCUACUGGCGACAGCCAAAAUCAUCUUCGAAUGGUGCAUAGUGAACAGCAUAAUCAACAUUUGGUGGUACUGGAGGGCUUUGUACCUCCACCAGCAAAUUCUGGACGAGCUGAGCCCAUCGCUAUUAUCGGACGCUGAUCGGCUAUACAAACUACUCAUGUCCAACUUCAAAAUCAAAGCAACGGGCCGCUCAUUCUUCGAGGCCACUAAAGCAGCUCUCGACAUAGAAAUAGCGCAGCUCUACCUGUUAUUCCGACUAGUUGGAAAGGCCAACGGCCACAUUGAAUCGGCCAAGAAACUGAUGGACCUCAACUACGAAUACGUGGGAAUUCUUGGCAAAAGAACCAGGCAUCAAGAGAAAGAGAUUCCUCAGCUGGCUCUCAAAGUGUCGCUCAACGAAACGGAGGCGCAAAAAUCGGGCAGCAGCGACGAGAAUCCCCACCCCAUGAGCUGCCAGUGCGACGGGGAAUGCGAAUUCGAACAGAAGAAGCAGCAGACAAACACAAUCGACACCUUUCUCACAACGGACGAUGCGGUGCUACCGAAAAAUCUGCCCCUAAAUGACGACGUGCGCUUGGACCACGUCGCCCUAUCCAAGAACGUGAACGAGAAUCUGGUUCUAUCCAACAUCAGCCAAAAGCUGAUGCUCACCAUCGUUCAACAAAUGCUGAUUUCCAAACCGGCGGACGAGUUGCAGCAUGAGGAAAUUCUGCCGUUCGUCGAAUCCAUCCUAGCCCAGAAAAACACGUUUUGUGUGCGAGUAGUUUCCCUGUUGUUGAGGUGCCGAGCAGAGUCGAAAAACAGAAGAACUGUGGAGCGGGCCCUGAGACAAUGCGAAGAAGUGUUGAGUGCCUUCAGGAAGGACCAACCGGAGGCAUUUGACAGAUUCCACGAUGUUUUUGGAAGCGGCUUGCCUGCCAUGUGGAAGGUGACCAUCGAGUACGCCGACUUGCUGCUCAACAUUGGCCUGCCCAAAAACGCCCUGGAUCUUUACUUGAAGCUUCAGCUAUGGGAGGAGGUCAUCGUUUGCUACACCCUCAUGAACCAGCGGCACAAAGCUGCCGAAGUGAUCGCUCAACAGCUGGAGAAGAAACCCACUGUGAAACUCCUGUGUCUUUUAGGCGACGCAACUGAUGAUAUCACAUGCUACGAGAAGGCUUGGGAGCUGUCGAAGAGGCGCAGCCAUCGGGCGCAGCGCCACUGGGGCAACCAUCUGUACGCUAAGAAAAACUAUGCGGACUGCAUUCCGCAUUUCGAGAAAAGCGUGUCGAUUAAUCCGCUGCAAGCCAAUGUGUGGUUUCGUUUGGGAUUCGCAGCGCAUCAGACAGAAAACUGGCAAGUGGCGGCCACUGCAUAUAAGCGUUACACCACGUUGGAGCCUGAUGGCUUCGAGGCGUGGAACAAUCUGGCGCAGGCCUACCUGAAAAUCGGGAACAAGCGCAGCGCCCAUCAGGCGCUCUCCGAGGCCCUCAAGUGCAACUACGAGAACUGGAAGGUUUGGGAGAACUUCCUGAUAGUAAGUUCGGAUAUUUCGAUGUACUUCGACGUAAUCAGGGCGUAUCAUCGCAUGCUGGAUCUCAAAGAGAAAUACAUCAACAUCCACGUUCUGGGCGAACUAGUCUGCGACGUAGUCGAUAACAGUAUCGACUGCGAAGGCUUGCCAGCCGCCAGGUUUCUACAGAAAACGCGCGAGCUGCUUGGUAGAGUAGUCUCGAUCCAUCCAGGCGAGGGCAUUAUGUGGGAUCUGUACGCUAAAGUCGCGCCGACUGCCGCUUUAAAAGCGCAGCGCUUCCAGCGGGCCUUCAAGGCCUACACACGCAACGUCGACUGGCACAAGGAUCCGAAACAGUGCAACCAGGUUCUAUACGUUUGCUUCGAGCUGAGCGAAAUCGCUCUGAUGCCCGAGAUCGACGCCAGCAACACGCUGCUCAACUCUACGAAAAUGAUCCUCACUUGUGUGUUUUCCGCGCUGCAAAGUCAGGCCUAUGCCGAGAACAAGGAGGCCGUUGACCGUCUAGCCAUCACAUUCGAUGUGCUGAUCAGAAAGAUGACCAAUAAGGACGCGAGUAAGUGAACUUGUUGUCGAAGAAGGGUUUUAUUGUCUAUUAGUCUAGAUUGUAAGGAUUAUUGGAAGUUUCAUUAAAUUUUAACGCUACCA